CAUCAUCCGUCCAUCUCUCCUUGAAUAAAUCACACCUACUAGUACUCAUUCCGGAACUCCCCAUCCCCAUCCACAUUCUACAUUUACAUAUAAACCACCCCACCCACCUCACCUACAAGACCUAGGUAUAAACCGGUCUCCUACCAUUCGCCCAUCAUUAAUAUCUUCCGUCGUUUCUUCACCACCACUCCGAUCACCGCCGCCAGAAUGUCUGCUGCUCAAACAAAAGCCGAGGGCAUUAUUGAUGGAAAUGCUGUUGCCGUCUUCAGCAAAUCCUACUGUCCAUACUGCAACGCCACCAAGAAGCUCUUGACCGAAUUGAAAGCAGACUUCUACUCGAUCGAGCUUGAUCAAGUUGACGACGGAUCAGCAAUCCAAUCCUACCUUGCCGAAAAGACAGGUCAAAGCUCCGUCCCUAACAUCUUCAUCGGUAAGAAGCACAUCGGUGGAAACUCUGAUUUGCAGGCGAAGAACAAGAAGGAUUUGGAGAGUCAGUUGAAGGAGUUGAAUGCUAUCCAGGCUUAGAGGUUUCUUGAGGGGAUUGUGCUGAUGGAUCAGAGGGAAAAGAAAGUGG